GUUGGACUUUUCUACACACCUUACGCCCAACCGGCUGACUCACACCGCGGUCACAUCCGAACAAAUGUAUGUUCAUACACCCAAUGACCGUAGGACCGUGUCACGAGCUAGCUUACCACCGUUUCCGCUGACUUAGUAAGGUUAGCCAGCGUCGGACCGUCGUGUGUGUGUUCACAUCCUGGAAUGGAAGUGUUGGGAGAGCAGUACUACAGAGACGCCAUGGAGCAAUGCCAUAACUACAAUGCCAGGCUCUGUGCGGAGAGGAGUGUCCGAAUGCCGUUCCUCGACUCUCAGACCGGUGUGGCUCAGAGCAACUGCUACAUUUGGAUGGAAAAGAGACACAGGGGACCAGGCAUGGCACCAGGGCAGCUCUACACUUACCCAUCCAGGAGGUGGAGAAAGAAAAGGCGAUCUCAUCCUCAAGAGGACCCUCGGCUUAUCUUCCCUCCUGGCAAGUCAGAAAUAGAUGUAGGACUGAAGAAGGAUGCUCUGUUAUCAGCGGAUGGCAGCAGCCUGGAGGCCCUGCUGAAGGGGGACUCCAUGGAAAAACGGACCACCCAAGAGCUCCGAGGGUCUGAAGAGGAUUCAAACCCUAGUGACUUCACCGGUGGCCUGAACCCUGCUCCACGGAUUAGAAAGAGAAUCCUUGAGCCCGAUGACUUCCUGGACGAUCUGGAUGAUGAAGACUAUGAGGAAGACACGCCUAAAAGAAGAGGGAAGGGAAAAGGGAAGGGUCGAGGAGUGGGCAGUACCAGGAAAAAGCUGGAUACAGCGGCACUGGAGGACCGAGACAAGCCGUACGCCUGUGACAUCUGUGGGAAGCGCUACAAGAACCGUCCCGGUCUGAGCUACCAUUACGCCCACUCCCACCUGGCUGAGGAGGAGGGUGAGGAGAAGGAAGAGCUGGAGGUCAACAAGCCUGCAGUGCCGCUGCCCGAUGAGCCGAAAACUCCCAAGAAAGGCCCAGAUGGUCUCGCAUUACCUAAUAAAUAUUGUGAUUUCUGCCUGGGAGACUCCAAAACCAAUCACAAGACUGGCCAGUCAGAGGAGCUGGUGUCCUGCGCCGACUGCGGACGCUCGGGCCACCCCUCCUGCCUGCAGUUCACUCCUGUAAUGAUGGCUGCUGUGAAGACGUACCACUGGCAGUGCAUAGAGUGCAAGUGUUGCAACAUGUGCGGCACCUCAGAGAACGACGAUCAGCUUCUGUUUUGUGAUGACUGUGAUAGAGGCUAUCACAUGUAUUGUCUCAACCCACAAAUGGCUGAACCUCCAGAGGGGAGCUGGAGCUGUCAUUUAUGUCUGGACCUUUUGAAAGACAAGGCAUCCAUAUACCAGAACGCCCCACCGUCGUGAUGGCUGCCUCCCCUGUGCACACAAUCAUCACUCAACCGUCCUGCAGCAGUAUGGUUUAUCCUUCUUUAUCAAACAUAAGCACCUCUGACGAGCUGAGCUCAAAGGGAGUGUUCAGAGCAGACACAUUGUGAAAAGGGUUGCUUCCCUCACCAAAACUUAGCUUCAGAUAUGACUGUUAAACAGUACCAAGCUCAGAUACAGCCCCAUUGAUUUGUACUUUCAUUUCUUUUCUACAUAGCCAAUUUGGGCAGUACUGAAUUUUGCUGCAUAAAUAGACGAAAUCUGACCUCCCAAACCGACUCGGUUUGCUCAAACCUUCUGUAUCCUGCAGUGUACUGAUUUUAUGACUCGAGUGGAAAUAGAGCUUGUCUGUAUCAAGUAGCAUGCCAGUGCUUGCUAAUCGUAAAAAUAGAUUUUAUAAUAUUUAUAUAUUUCUAUGGUAUAUAAGUGUUAAGUAUGUACAAUUUGGACAGGAACAAAAAAAUGGUAAUGCAAUGGUCUUUUUUUAAAAAAUUUUAUUAGUGCCCAUUUCAUCAAGAAAAUAUCCACAGCCACAUGUUCUUUAAUGGCACUGCUGAUAUUGGGGGAAUUCUCUUGAUAGUCAAAAGGAUCUGCUGAGACUGUUAAGGAUUUAGCAUCUUAUCCGCUGCCGCUGGCCACAGAAACUUCAAACAAAUCAGGAACUAUGAAUAGAAACCCUUACUUGCUCGUCAAAGUGGCUCCAAAGGCUGAGGGACUCGAGGGAUGGCAGCCCAGACUUCAGUCUGGUUGUGGACUCCUGUGCGCUUGUGGCUGAUUACGCAGCUCAGAGGAUGCGUUUCAUAACAAUGUGCAUGUUUUGUUCAGGCUUUGGGGCCUUUUUGACUAAAAUGUGAGCUUUUUACCCUGGUCUUCUUAUAUUGGACUGAACGACUGUCUUCAAACGGCACACCUGGCCCAUGUUAGACGGGUGAUGAUGGUUAUUCCAGUCAAAUCAAAAAACAAAUCCUACCUGCAUUAUCAGACAGUAAAAGGGAUAAAAAGCCUCUGUUGCUGUGUUUUAGCAGUUUGCUCAUCAGCACUAUAUACAGUAUGUGUUGAUGUUGUGACCCCAUUAGAUUAUUUUAAUGUAAUUGAGGACUACUUGUAAAUGGUCACUUAAUGACAAUAUAAAAGCAAUAUAAGAGCUCCUGUAGGAGGCUGGGAUGACAGGGAUUCAUGGCAGAGUGUUUAAGCUCUGUUGGCAGAUAAUGUGGAUUCUGCACAUUUUCUUUCUCAGAAAAUGCUAUUACAGAUAGGGAGGGGACUGUGGCAACAAAUAUGGAUGACUCCAUAUUGUAAAAAGAGAUUACGUGUAUUUGUAUAGUCCUAUGAAUAACUGUUCUUUUUGUCACCGCUUUCAUAGUUUUAUUAUGCAAUGGUUUCCCUUCUGUGGCGAUGCAAAAAGAAAAGGUCUGGUUACUUUACCUCAAACAGUAUUUAAAGGGUUGAAACAUGCUGUUGAUAGAUGGGACAAAGGCAGAGGGACACAUGUAUUGACAUCUGCACUGUCUGCUUCAAUAACUGCAUAUUCUACAGGUAAAUAAGUGCAUGCUCCAUAAUAAUCUGCACUCAUAUGCUACGUAUUUGUCUCAGCGUUAGGCCGGCAGGGGGUUGAGAAGUGGCGUAAUAUCAAUUAACCAAGCUAUCAUGUCGUUUCAAUAGCCCACUAACAAUUACUACACAAGUAUAAGUUGGUUUAUUUUCUCAUCACGUUUGAACUUGGUUAUGUAGAGACAGUGGGUUGCUACUAGAAUAUUUAGCUGGUUGUUUUUGUACUCAUGGAGGAUGUUUGCGUACUUGAUGUGUGGGACAUUUGGGAUACAGUGGAAUUUGCCCUCUAGUUAAUCCUGUGAUCCAGGUGUCACCUGUGCUGCUCUCUUCCAAAGCUCCAAACGAGCAGCAACGCCCAGGAAGUGACUGGAGCCUCAUUCUGGGGCUGCAGCUUUCACACUGGGAGGUUCAGUGAGGACGGACCCAGUGUCGGCCUUCGAGGCUGCACUCACGGCCACGAACAAGAGGGAAGUCCAACUGUUGCGGUCAUAGUAUAUUUUUAUACACGUCUACAUAUAUCUCAGAUUAGGGUUUUCUAGUCUCGAGCUUUGGGAGAGAAUUGUUCAUCAGGACAAAAGUUCAAACCAAGGUCACCAAGGUCACAGGUCUGCAUAGGUCAAUUAUCUUUGGAUUGUGAUGGAAUGUUUUAUUGUGCGACAUUUGUCUUCAGGAAAUAAAAUACUAGGCCUUAUAACCUGCCGCUAUUCUUUUUCCUCUUCCUCAAUUAACAUUUGAGAAAGUUAUGACUUGGGAUAAUGAAAAUAUUGACAAUCUCAUAAGCACAUUGUCGCCCUUUUUGUAAAUGAUCACCGCAUCAAUGCUAUACAAUUUGAUGUUGUUUAAUUAGUGGCUAAAAAUGACUGAGCUCCAAGACUCCAUUCUCAGGCUUCUGUUCAGCACCUGCAGUGCAUUAAGGAGGAACAAAAUAUUCAGUUAUGAUUACUUGUAUUAAUGUGAUUUUUCUUUUUAUCAAAAUGUAAAAAAAAUAAAAACUAUU